AUGAACACAACUAGAUAUAUUAUAAAUAAAGAAGCAUUAUUAAAAUACAGUUUACCAAUUAAAGGUGAAAAUGGUUGGUUACAACCAAAACUUUCAGGUAGACAACUUGGCGAUUUAAAGAAACAUGUAACUCGUGGACUCCAAUUAGAAUGGCCACUUGCAGAUACUAAAAAACAAUUACCAGAAAAACAACCAAAACAUACUAUUUGGGAAAGAAAUCAAAUUCCAAGACAAAAGAAAAUUAAAGAAUCAGUUGAUAAUAUGCCAAAACUUAUAGCAGAAAAAUUAAAAGCAUCAGUUGAAAAGAAAAAGAAAGAAAUCGAAAACAAUCUUACAGCACUUAUUCCAAAUUAUUUACCAGGUGGACCAUAUGGCAAUAACGAUUCACCAAAAGUUAUGGCUUUAAGAAAAAUUGCUGCUCAACAAAAAUUAGAAAAGAGAAAUGCCCCCAUUGCUUUAGCUUCAUUUAAAGGAAAAAAACAAAAAAAAACAAAAUAA